AUGGAAAGCCGUAUGAUGGGAAAGUAUCACGUACGGUUUGGAGGGCAGUAUCAAAUAAGUACAUAGAGCUCAACUAGACAGAGACAAAUAUAGCGCCCAAAUAGACAAACAAAUAUGGAGCUCAACCAGGCAGAAACAAAUAUAGAGCCCCAAUAUAGAGCUCAACUAGACAAAAAAUUUAAAGCUCAACUAGGCAGAAACAAAUAUGGAGCCCAAAUAUGGAGCCCAACUAGACAGAACAAAUAUAGCACCCAACUAGACAGAAACAAAUAUAACACCCAACUAGACAGAAACAAAUAUAACACCCAACUACACAGAAACAAAUAUAACACCCAACUACACAGAAACAAAUAUAAAUACCAAAUAUAGCGCUCAACUAGACAGAAACAAACAAAACACCCAACCACACAGAACAAAGAUAAAGCCCAACCAAGCAACCCCUCCCCCAUGCCCCGGCUUGUAUAUCCGAAGCACUGGCCCCAGCGGGCGCGGCCCGCGUAAAUCGCAGCACUAAGUAAACCACAGCGCGCACGCGAAAAAAACCUUCUCCGGGCCCAAACCCCCAUACAA